GUCAACAGGAAGCGAGGCCAAAACCUUACAAGAGAAACCGUGUUUUUCAAUUCUCUGUCAAAUCAUUCGUAGCCCGUUCACCUCUGGUGGUACCUACAUCAACCAGAUGAAGAAACGCAAUUUAUAAAGGCUGGCGAGGUGAGCUGAGGAGAUCUCAUUAACAUCAUUGACGAUCUGCUUGUUUACUUUAACAGAACAGUCCUAGACUCGCACUAUGUUCGAUGAAUGUUUCCUUUGCAGAAACUUCCAAUCACAUGAUCGUAGUAAACAAGAGUUAAACAAAAUGGUUUACCACCAAAAUAGAACAUGCGUAUAUUGCUACCUCUCGAUCGAACAGUGCAAAGUCGCUCCGAGUAGUUAUAUUUAUAUAUAGAAUAUAAAAAUAUUGUUUCGUUCGUGUCGCUAAACUUCGCUUUCUACGUUGGUGACGUUAGGACGAGAUAUAGAAGAGUAGCAAAAUUUCUAUUAGAAAUUACUCAUGAUAAUUUGAAAAACAUUCAAUUUCGUGUUUCAUUCCUGGAAAACUCCCGAAUUUUAAGUAAAGCACAACAGACAAAGAAAUCAGCCACUGUCAAGGCAUCAGUUUAAAUAGAUUUGAAUAACAUAUCACAACAAGAGCGAAUUGUGGUUUCUUAACCGAACGUAUUCGGCGGAUUUUCUGGGAAAACUGGUCGUGUCUUUUCGCAAUCCAAGAAGCCUAUACAAAGAGUUUUCGAAAUCUAUUUAUGAGUUAGACACAAUCAUAGGUUUUUAAAAUGUUUUCGAAAUUGGGGUCAUCAAAAUGGUUUACUCGCGUUGUAAAGGUAAAAUUCGACGGUCUCACCUCGUUUAGAUGGGUAGAAAGCUUCUGAAAAGCUACGGUGAGAUCCUAGAAAGACAGCUGCUUUCCAAAAGUACAGAUAAGCGCAGGCUAUUUUAUUUUACCGAUUUUCUUGCCAAGGAACCAUUGGCUCAAUUUAGUUACGACCCAUAGCACUUGCGGAGGUCUUUACAUUGCUAACUUACGUGAAACGAGAAAAGUUUGCAUUUUUCAAGUAGAAUAAUACAACUGCAAUCGAAACUAAAAUCUCUGAAUGGCCAGAGUUUUUUUUUGUGAUAUAUUCGCUUAUGGGGUUAGUGUUUUCGUUUAAUGCAUUUUAGGAUCUUAUUUUUACAAGUUUGUUUUUCCUGCUUAAGGUUGUUUAUACUUCAGCUGGCUACUUUUCCAUAGAGGUAAUUAUAUCGCCCUGAGGUCAAAGUAGAUUCGUUUUGUUUCUGAGAAAACGAAACAAUAAUAUCCUGUGUGUAACAAAAUUCCGAAUGCAACUUUUUUCGGUCAGCCAAAACGAGUGUUCACUGUUCUCGUUUAACAUCUAAUCGUAAACAAUCGUAGUGACUCGUAGAGUCACUUCCAAUUUUUUUUAAUUCGAAUGGUGGUAGUCAAUGCAACGAUGCUGAACAAAAACUGAGUGAAGCAGUUUUUAAAUUCAAAUUUAUGUACUGAAGGUGAAAAUUGAUUGAAAGACCUCGAGUAAAUUGCUUAUGGUCUUACUUUGUCAGAUUGCUGCGAAAGCUUCCGAAAAGCCACAGACUUUAUUUGUUACUUUCGUACUUACAUUAUUAUUCACUUUACUUCCAUCUCUACAGUGGCGUUGAAGCUGUAAGAACGACAUUACAGAACGAACAUUUUGCGCCAAUUUACCCUUGGUUGGGAUAUGAGCUGUAGACUUGUUAACAAACUGUGUAUGUGCGAUCUUUCUUAAUUAGUGAAUUGUAACUGCACUGGGUCGGAAGCUGCUGAUGCGUUCUUGGAAACGGAUGAACGAGUUCAUAAACUUUUAAAACUUGUAACAGACGCUUAGUAUAGUGUUAAUUAAUUUUUGACUUGUAAUUCUGCGUAUGUUUCCGCGAUUGCUUUCUUAAAACAUGUUACGAGAAAGUUCGCUAAAGUGUUUCACAAGCGAGUGUCAUCUUCAGUUUUAUGUCCGCUUGUGGACCAUGUGAAGUGGUGAUUAAAUUUCAUACUCUGCUAAAAGAUCAGCAAGCUCACGUAAUCAUAUGUUAUAUUGCGUAGAUUGAAUCAUAAAAUGAUUGACUAGCGUACUAAUUGUUCACGAUCCACUGCCCAUUGAUAGCCCUUUGACUUGACUAAAUAUAAAGACAAUUGGUAAAUCAUAUUAUGGCGUCCGAUCCAAAUAAGAAUCAGCGAGCUAGUGUUCUUAAACUGUAUAGUAUUAUACAAGGGGUUCUCUUUCAGUCUCAAACAAGAGAAUCUUAGAGCUUUUCGCUCGGUUUCUCGUGUUUGCAGGUUCUAUCCUGUCAACUGAUCCAAAUGUAAACAAACUCAGGAGUGUUGGACGACAUGGGGUGAAGGAACGGUAUGUACAUAAGGAUAAUAUUGUUGCCCAGACAACUAUAUCCAUUUCACUUCCAUAACCAACGGGCUCGCUACCAACGUCACGUAACAACUGAGUAGUGGGAUUCUAAUCGUGGACGGGCUCGGACGAAAAAACUUACCCUUGUCUUUGUUCGCCAAAUACGAGUUUAGUCAACUCUACCCUUUCAGUAAACACGUAUUGUUUUCCUAGCGGCUUGAACAGAAAAGUAUUUCUCCUUCAGGCCUUUGCUUUCUUUUGCUUAACGGGGGGGGGGGGGGGGGGACUAAAAAAGUCACGCGAAAUGUAAUGUUAGACAUGUAAGUCACGUGGAUUUGUGGACCUGUCGUUUAAGGACCUGUCAAUGUUUAUCACGGGAAAGGGGGGGGGGGGGUUGUUUGGUUGAUUUACAUUCAACUUUUUUUAAGUCCUCCUUUAUACACUGUUUUUAACGACUAAUUCCCCAACGACUAGUCCCUUAAUACAUAUAAAAGAAAAAACCAUAGAGGACUCUUUCAAGAAUCGGUUUACUUCAUGUUUUCAUUUUUGUCCAACUGUUUUAAAUGAGAAUGAAUAUUAUAUUAUGGUGGAGCAAAGUAAUCUGUAAAUAAUCUUUACAACCAUCGAUAUCAUUAUCACUGUCAUUUCAGGUAAAGGAACUUAGUCUAGAUGAACCAGCUGUUUUCACUAUCCUAGGGCAUGGAAAAUGGAUCCUCCAGAUAGAACUGAAUCCCUUAGAUUAACGGUUUACUAUCUGGAACAAGGGAACUUAGUUCAAGUGAAAGAAUCAUUACAAAAAUCUUACCAGUAUCUCCAAGACUUGUUACCAAGUGAGUUAUCCAAACCCACUUUACAGGAGAUAGAGAUAGUUAACAAAGCAGAGAAAAUAUCGAUAGAGAAUGUGGCGUGGAGUCUUCGAACUGGAGCAAUUUUAUUGCCACAAACUUCUCCCAAGAACAACUUCUUUGUCCGCUUUGCCAAUGUAGUUGGUGCUGCUGCUUUAAUCACGGUUUGUGUUGAUAUAGCUGAGAAAGUAUUUGAGCAGUUAAAAGUGUACAUUGAGAAUGUUGUAGACGAAGAAUCAGUUAUCAGUAGCCUUGGAGUUACCCUUAACAACUUAGGUUGUGUAUAUAUUACCAGAGGAAGUUUUCAGAACGCAAAAGUUAGUCUUCAAAGAGCUCUUGCGAUAUUUGAGGUAGUCAAAACAGGAAAAGAGUGUGUCACUGUCGAGGAGAAAAUAUCAACAAUAGCAAACAACUUACGGCUAGUGCACCAGGCUCAAAGAAGUUAUGUAGCUGACAUGCAAUUACAAAACGAUCUCCUUUCUAAUGUAAGCCGCUUUGCCAUGCAACCAAGAAUCACUGCAGUUGCUGAUUACAAUGAAGCCCUUACCUCUUUGGAUAACAGGAAUCUUAGAAAAGCUUAG